AUGGCGGCAGACGUGGUCUGCAGGAUUUUGAACUGUGGGACAUCUGAGUCGGUAACAACAGAUGCCUCCUACGGAGAGGGCACUGGGAAGAUCUGGCUGGAUGGGGUGAAGUGUAAGGGGACAGAGCCUGCUCUCGACCAGUGCCCUGCCAGCCCAUGGGGGGUGAAUAACUGCUCCCACGCAGAGGACGCUGGAGUCUCCUGCACAGGCCCGGUCCCCAUCCGGCUGGUGAACGGGAACAACAUUUGCUCUGGGAGAGUCGAGGUCUAUCAUAACUCUACCUGGGGUACCGUCUGUGGCAGGAGCUGGAAUAGGAGUGAAGCGGACGUGGUCUGCAGGAUUUUGAACUGUGGGACAUCUGAGUCGGUAACAACAGAUGCCUCCUACGGAGAGGGCACUGGGAAGAUCUGGCUGGAUGGGGUGAAGUGUAAGGGGACAGAGCCUGCUCUCGACCAGUGCCCGGCCAGCCCAUGGGGGGUGAAUAACUGCUCCCACGCAGAGGACGCUGGAGUCUCCUGCACAGGCCCGGUCCCCAUCCGGCUGGUGAACGGGAACAACAUUUGCUCUGGGAGAGUCGAGGUCUAUCAUAACUCUACCUGGGGUACCGUCUGUGGCAGGAGCUGGAAUAGGAGUGAAGCGGACGUGGUCUGCAGGAUUUUGAACUGUGGGACAUCUGAGUCGGUAACAACAGAUGCCUCCUACGGAGAGGGCACUGGGAAGAUCUGGCUGGAUGGGGUGAAGUGUAAGGGGACAGAGCCUGCUCUCGACCAGUGCCCAGCCAGCCCAUGGGGGGUGAAUAACUGCUCCCACGCAGAGGACGCUGGAGUCUCCUGCACAGGCCCGGUCCCCGUCCGGCUGGUGAACGGGAACGUGUGCUCUGGGAGAGUCGAGGUCUAUCAUAACUCUACCUGGGGCACCGUCUGUGGCAGUAGCUGGAAUAAGAGUGAAGCGGACGUGGUCUGCAGGAUUUUGAACUGUGGGACAUCUGAGUCGGUAACAACAGAUGCCUCCUACGGAGAGGGCACUGGGAAGAUCUGGCUGGAUGGGGUGAAGUGUAAGGGGACAGAGCCUGCUCUCGACCAGUGCCCUGCCAGCCCAUGGGGGGUGAAUAACUGCUCCCACGCAGAGGACGCUGGAGUCUCCUGCACAGGCCCAGUCCCCGUCCGGCUGGUGAACGGGAACAACAUGUGCUCUGGGAGAGUCGAGGUCUAUCAUAACUCUACCUGGGGCACCGUCUGUGGCAGGAGCUGGAAUAGGAGUGAAGCGGACGUGGUCUGCAGGAUUUUGAACUGUGGGACAUCUGAGUCGGUAACAACAGAUGCCUCCUACGGAGAGGGCACUGGGAAGAUCUGGCUGGAUGGGGUGAAGUGUAAGGGGACAGAGCCUGCUCUCGACCAGUGCCCUGCCAGCCCAUGGGGGGUGAAUAACUGCUCCCACGCAGAGGACGCUGGAGUCUCCUGCACAGGCCCGGUCCCCGUCCGGCUGGUGAACGGGAACAACAUGUGCUCUGGGAGAGUCGAGGUCUAUCAUAACUCUACCUGGGGCACCGUCUGUGGCAGGAGCUGGAAUAGGAGUGAAGCGGAUGUGGUCUGCAGGAUUUUGAACUGUGGGACAUCUGAGUCGGUAACAACAGAUGCCUCCUACGGAGAGGGCACUGGGAAGAUCUGGCUGGAUGGGGUGAAGUGUAAGGGGACAGAGCCUGCUCUCGACCAGUGCCCUGCCAGCCCAUGGGGGGUGAAUAACUGCUCCCACGCAGAGGACGCUGGAGUCUCCUGCACAGAGUCGUGCGUUGAAGAACUGGAGUUGAAUCUGGAUGGCCUUUGGUGCGUACGGGAGAAUGAGGAGAUGAUGGAUAGAAGCCCCUAA